AUGGCUGCAGCUCAUAGAUCUGACUGCUUGGUUCCCUGUGGCUGGAUUUUGGCUUUCGCAAUGUACAUAAUACAAGCGUGUUUCCUUAUGAAGUUUUUGGAAAAGCAUACCACAACACACAGCAAUUUAUACUGGGUUGGUGUUGGUCUCUACCUCGCAUUGUUUGUGGCGGUUUUGAUUGUCGUAUGCAAAUCAAAAGACUACGCAGAAACGAACGACGAGGCUUGGUGGGUUUGGGGAUUCUGGUUUAUAUACAUCGUACUCUACAUUAUUUCAGUUGGGAUCAUUUUUGGUGAAGUAGCCCAUAAGUUGAAGAAGUCCGAAACGUAUGGACCCAACUUCCUCAAAAGCAUCUUAUCCAUAGCUCCUGCAUUGCUUGUCCUUGUUUUAUAUCUGGUUAUCAGCCCAUCUUACCGAGGCGGUGUUCUUUCCUUGUCGGUGAUUGCAGCAUUGAAUCUGUUCGAUGGAAUCGAAAUGCUUGAAAUUGUCCUGAUGCAAAACGAAAGGGAAGAUUUUAAUCUAGGCGACAGUGUUUAA